UUAUAAAAGUUAAUUAAUCCCACUCAAGAGUGACAAUAAGCACACACUAAAAAUGUUCCACCUAAACAAAAACAACAUUAUUCACCAAAAUUAACAUUAGAGAUACCAAUCAAAAUCAGGAAGAACACUCCAUUAAAGGCAAGGGCAUACAAAUUCCAUCAAUCAUAUUCACAACAGAAAAAAAAAUUUAUCUUUAAAAAAUAAGAUUUGGUUUACAUAAGUUUUUCCCCAUUUUGCACCACUGUUAUCUGCUUCAAUUUCUCUCUCAUGGCGGCUGUUUCUCUGAAUGGCAAUGGUGGAAAGCUUGGAACUUUGUGUACCCGACCCGAAUUCGGAUGUGGGUUUUUGAGAAAACCGGAUUUUGGAGCUCCGGCAACGGUUUUGGCAAAACCCAUGUCGAAAACUUUAAGGUUCAAGGCAACCGAGGUUUCUGCUACUGCCACAGUGACUGCAGUGCCUGUUUCUGCUCAACGCAAGGUGAUGCGCCACACGAUUUCGGUCUUUGUCGGGGAUGAAAGUGGUAUCAUCAAUAGAAUUGCAGGCGUUAUUUCUAGAAGAGGAUACAACAUUGAGUCUUUGGCUGUUGGUUUGAACAAGGAUAAGGCUCUUUUUACUAUUGUAGUGUGUGGGACUGAGAAGGUGUUGCGCCAAGUAAUGGAACAGCUUAACAAGCUUGUUAGUGUCUUGAAGGUUGAAGAUCUGUCGAGAGAGCCACAAGUGGAACGUGAACUGAUGCUUGUAAAGCUUAAUGCCGAUGCAAAUACCCAUGCCGAGAUAAAGUGGUUAGUGGACAUCUUCAGAGCAAGAAUUGUGGAUAUCUCAGAAGACUUGGUCACUGUGGAGGUGACUGGGGAUCCUGGUAAGAUGGCUGCUGUCCUGAGAAAUUUUAACAAGUUUGGAAUUAAAGAAAUUGCAAGGACAGGAAAGAUUGCUCUAAGGCGAGAAAGGAUGGGUCAGACAGCUCCUUUUUGGAGAUUUUCUGCUGCUUCUUAUCCAGAUCUUGAAGAGAAAGCCGUUAAUAAUCUUGUGGAGUCUGCGAAUAUAAGUAUCAAUGGCGUUCCUGGCUCAUCAUCAAGUGGCGAUGUUUAUCCUGUGGAGCCUUAUGAUAUGUCCAUGGUACAUCAAGUACUUGAUGCUCACUGGGGUGUUCUUUACGAAGGCGAUUCCAGUGGACUCCGGUCACAUACUCUGUGCAUGCUAGUAAAUGAUGCUCCUGGAGUUCUCAACACAGUUACAGGGGUAAUUUCUCGUAGAGGUUACAACAUUCAGAGUCUUGCCGUUGGCCCCGCUGAAAAGGAGGGUCUUUCUCGUAUCACGACUGUCGUUCCUGGAAAUGAUGAGUCAAUUGGAAAAUUGGUUCAGCAACUUAGCAAAUUAGUAGACCUUCAUGAGAUUCAAGACCUUACUCAUUUGCCAUUUGCGGAGCGAGAACUUAUGUUGAUCAAAGUUGCUGUAAAUUCUUCUGCUAGGAGAGACGUCCUUGAUAUUGCCAAUAUCUUCCGUGCAAAAGCUGUAGAUGUCUCUGAUCAUACCAUAACUUUACAGCUUACGGGUGAUCUAGACAAAAUGGUUGCACUACAGAGAUUAUUGGAGCCUUAUGGCAUUUGUGAGGUGGCACGUACUGGAAGAGUGGCGUUGGCUAGAGAAUCCGGGGUGGAUUCCACAUAUUUGCGAGGAUAUGCGCUUCCCUUGUACGAGUGAAAAUCUCUCCGGUUAGAGAGUCCAAUUUCCGUUUGCGCUUCCAUUGUUACUUGUGUAGAUCAAAAUGCAAGUGACUCCGAGUGAAGGCAAAAUAGUAACUCCAAUCUUUGAUUCAAAGAUGCAAUUUGUAUGAAUAGAAGUAGGUUUUUGUUUUGACACUGUGUUUGUCUACCUUGUAAUAACCAAAUUGUUAUCUACUUGUAAUCCUUUCCGGGUUUUCGUUACCUUCUUAUACUCUGGUUAGUAAGGGUGUGCAAAAACCGGCCCGGACCGGAAAAAUCGGUCCGGUCUUCGAGUUAUUAAUAUCUUUUUCUGGUCUUCGGUCCGGUCCGGUCCGGUGACUCCAGUCCAAAACCCUUUAAAAUCGGGUUUUAGACCGGACCGGUUUUUGAGUUUUUCCCUACAAAAAUGUAAUACUUCGUAUAAACCAUUUAAAAAGUCAACUUUCUUCUCCA